AUGGUAACUUUUGCCCGGCGGAUCCUUGCGAACGCGCACAGCGGUCACUCAGACGGAUCCUUGCAAACGCGCACAGCGGUCACUCAGGGGAGCCCUGGACAGUGCGUCCGGCGUGUCCCUGCAAGGGCAAAGAGUGUCCUAGACGUGUCCUGCAUAGUUCCUUCUCUGGCCAUAGACUACAGUCGUCUGGCUGCUUCCACCAAGCCCACUCGCCUCUUCCUCAGCUUCCCCAACCGAUUCACAGUGAUAGGACCUGCUGAGCCUAUCCUUGUUAAACCGAGUGAAGAUGUCCUGUUACCUUGUCACCUCUCCCCCAAAAUGAGUGCUGAGCACAUGGAGGUGAGUUGGUUCCGAUCUCACUUCUCUGAUGCUGUCUAUGUGUACUGGGAUGGGAAGGCUCAAGAUGAAGAGCAGGCGGUAGAGUACAGAGGAAGAACCCAGCUUGUGAAGGACACUAUUGCUGAGGGAGAUGUGACCCUGCGAAUCCAAAGUGUCAGGCUAUCAGACAAUGGACAGUACUGGUGCCGAUUUCAGGAAAACCAUGAAUAUGGAGAAGCCACAUCCGAGGUGGUUGUAACAAGUCUUGGCACUGUCCCUCAUAUUAGAAUGGAGGGGCCUGUGGACCAAAGGAUCCAAUUGGUGUGCAUCUCGAGGGGGUGGUUCCCAGAACCCCAGGCAAGGUGGAGAUAUGUUGGGGGAGAUGAACCACUUCCCUCAAAGAUUCAGAUCCUAGUCAUUGAUGGACUGUUUCGUGUGGAGAUGUCCCUCAUGAUUAGAGAAGACAGUUCCGUGAAAAAUGUGUCCUGUUCUAUCUAUAAUCCCAUCCUUGAUGAGGAGAAGGUGUCCUUCGUUUAUAUCCCAGCUCUGAGAAAAGUGGUUGCGCCUACCCAGUCCAUCGUCGCCAGUGUGGGUGAAGAUGCAUUGUUGACAUGUCAUCUCUUCCCUGAAGUGAAUGCUCAGAGCAUGGAGGUGGGCUGGAUUCGAUCCCAGUUCUCCGAUACUGUCUAUAUGUAUCGGGAUGGGAAGGAUCAGGAAGAGGAGCAGAUGGUGGAAUACAGAAGAAGAACAGAAUUUACAAAGGACGCUAUCACUAAGGGGAGUGUUGCUUUGAAAAUCAGAAAUAUCAGAGUUUCAGAUGAUGGUCAAUACCAGUGCUAUUUUGAGAAAAACCGAGUGUUUCAAAGAGCCACGCUGAAAAUAAAAGUAGAAGUUGAUCCCCAGGAAGAGAUUGAGAGAAGAAAGGUUCUAUACCGGGCAGAAUGGAGAAAGGCCCUCAUCUAUGCUGACUGGAGGAAAGAAUAUUUCCAGGCAGUGCAUGUGACUUUGGAUCCAGACACAGCACAUCCAGAACUUAUUUUAUCUGAGGAAUGGAGACGUGUUAUCCGGGGAGAAAGUCCCCAGGAUUUCCCUGACACUGCUCAGAGAUUUGACGUUCUGCCUUGUGUUCUGGGCCGAGAGAAAAUCAUCUCAGGGAGACAUUACUGGGAAGUAGAGGUUGGAAACAGAGGUGACUGGGAGUUGGGCGUUUGUAGAGAGAAUGUACAAAAGAAAGGAGAGGUCAUAGUGUCCUCUGAGAGUGGCUUUUGGGCUCUCAGGCUAUAUGAUGACAAAUACUGGGCCCUCUCUAACCCUCCAACUUGCCUCUCCUUGAGACAGUCUCCUCAGACGGUGGCCAUUUUUGUAGACUAUGAUUUUGGAGAUGUCUCAUUUUAUAAUAUGAAUGAUGGGUCCCAUAUCUACAAUUUUACUUCACAGUUCUUUUUUGGGGCCCUCUGCCCCUAUAUUAGGCUUUGGUCAUGUGACCAAGCUCCUGUGACCAUCUGUCCAGAGCCUUAGAGAAAUUUCCUAUC